AUGUCGACUUCAUCGCGAAAGAAUCAAAAAUUAGCAGCAACAACUGAUGAAUCUGAUGCAUAUCUUUAUUAUCCAUAUCAUGCACAAGCAGCAUCCAGUGGCGGUUAUGAAUAUGUCCCAGAACCACCAAUACAAGAAGCUGAAGAAUAUGAAGAAGAGGAGGAGGAACCAGACGAAGAAGAGAUUAUUAUUGAACGUCCAGUCGUAAGAUAUGCUCCUAAACCUAGACCUCAACCUCAACCUCAACCCGUACGUGCACGUGCACCUCCACAAGAGCCUCCCGUUGUAUAUCAGAACACGUGA